GUUGAAUCAAGCUUCAGUAUGUGUAUGAGUAUACGGUGGGAAUACAAGUCCAUGGUGUAUUACGAGUCUUCUUGUGAUCGAACAUGUCCAUUCAGUCACGGGGAUCAUGAGCCUCACGUCUGAGUCUGAGUCUGAUUCAUGAUAUUCUUACCUUUGAUGAUUCCAAGUACUGACAAACCAUUCCCUUGACUCCUCCAUACGAGUCCUUCCUAUCCAUCGCCCAUCUUCUACCGAUCCAUCUUUUCCUUCUCACCAUGUCCAUCCCCAAUCUCCCCCUAAAAUUCGUCGCUGUAUCCCCCAUCCAAAAUGGCGUCUUCCUCAUUACGCUCAACAAACCCCAAACCGGCAACUCCAUGCACCCGCGACUGACCCAAGACCUCCUCACCUCACUCCAAUGGGCCGACCAACAAUCCUCCAUCCGCGUCAUCGUCGUCACCGGCGCCGGCAAAUUCUUCUGCACUGGAAUGGAACUCGUCGAACGAGGCCCCAUGGCAUUCGGCCCCGACUCUACAUUCCGCGCAUUAAACCGCCUGUUGAUCCUGACAGACAAAAUCCUCAUUGCUGCCGUCAACGGUCCUGCCGUUGGCUACGGAGUCACUAGUCUCGGACUAUUUGAUCUUGUCUAUUCCGUCCCCGACGCUUAUUUCUUCACUCCCUUCGUGAAGUGGGGCAUGACAACGGAAGGUUGUUCGAGUAUCACGUUUCCGAGGAUGAUGGGCCAUCAAAAGGCGGCGUUGCUGUGUUUAGCGGGAGAUAGGAUUGAUGCGAAUGAGGCGAGUGGGCUGGGGUUGGUGAGUAAAGUUUUACCGAACGAUGGGUUUUUGAAUUCAGUGUUGGGAAUUGCGAACAAUGUGGCAAAGUCGUCGCCGGGGUCUUUGGCUACGACCAAGAGGUUGAUGAAGACAAUGAGUGUGCAGGAUUUGCUCGAUGCUAAUGAUCGUGAGUGUGAAGCUUUUGAAAAAGAGAGGAUUCCAAGUGGGGAUCUGGAAUUGGCGAUUAAGACGUUUGCAGAAGAGCAGAAAGAGAAACAAAAAGCGAAAUCGAAGUUGUAAGCGACAUGGUAUCGUGAGCUGAGCGAAGGUUCAUAAUAAGCGAGCGACACAGUAUAUAUGGAGAUGCUCACCGAAAGAUACAACGCAAAAGACUUCUUCAGGACCAGACCUCAUCUCGUCAAUUGUCCUUGUCCGAUUUUUACCUUCCUCUCUUCACCUGUGAUUAACACCUUCUUACCAUGAGAUGUCCAUGAAUCUGGAAUCAACAAUUCACAUGUCGUCCAAGAGAACCCUGGUCCAUCCAACUAGCAACUAGCAACUAGCAACUAGCAACUAG